GAAAACAUCUAAAGACGUUUAAAAAUAGCACUUGUGCACUUCUUGCUGAACAUGCUCAUGUACAGGUGAAAGGUUUGAUCAGAGAAGCCUUUAUUGGAUUUUGACCCAAUAAAAUCAUGGGGACAGAAACAUCUCCGUGUGCAAAUCAAUAUGCUGCUAUUGGUCUGACAUCGACUGCAUUGCUGAUAUCUUUGUGCUUAAAUGUUGCCUUCUGUUUAUUAAGAAGAAAGGGGAAAAAAUAUGCAGUUAAUGAAAACAUGUUUGAAUAUGGAGAUGAGCCAUUACAUCAAGAUUCACUUCGGUCUUACAGGUUUGAGGAUGAUGAGAUGGAAAGACAGGAAAAUCCGAUUUAUGGAAAUAUAUGUUUAGAGGGAGGAGGAGCUUUUGAAAUGAUUCAGGAGGUGUGCUAUGAACAAAUGUCACAAGCAAACACAGCAAAGAAGGGAUUAAAGGUCCAGCCAGGGGAUGUGUCCUAUGCCUCUCUGGAUCUAACCGCCAAUAAAAAGCGUAGGAAGAAGAGAAAAUACCACAGACAGGCUCAAACUCACCAGGCCCAGACACACCCUCAACCUGCAUCCCAGCAGAACUGCAUGGACCAGGAUGAUGAGGCUGAUGUCACCCUCCCAUCCCGGAGCAGUAGCCUCAUGCUUUCACGUCACAGCAUCUACCUCAACAGUCAUCAAGUAGCCCUGGAGGCAGAAGAGAGGGAGAGGGAAAGGGAGAGGGAGAGAGAAAGAGAGAUGGAAAUGGUAAGAGAAAGGGGUGAUAAUGGAGAGAGAGAGUUUGAAAUGCACAGAAACGUGCAUGAAGGCUUCGAUCACUCUCUCGGUAGAUCAAGACAAAGUCUAAAACAGGACAGUUAACAGUUAGAGAGUAAAAAAAAAGAAAAAUAAAACUUUAGCGUCUUAAAAGAAAAAACACAGGAUACUGUGGGGUGGUGCUGUCAACGGCUGUGAUAUUUCACGCUCAUCUCUAACCCAAAUCAUAAUUUCUGUGUUCAAAAGCAUGCAGAGGAGACCAGCUAUCUGAUGUUGUGUCCAGGCGAGACACAUCUAAAGGAGUUUACCACUUUAAAUGUGCUUUCUUGUUUCUUGCAUUUGAAGGUUAGUCUGUUUGUAGUCGUACUUAUAAGAAGAAUAUAUUAACAAAUAUUUAUCUGCUUAUUUUUAUGCUAUUUUUUAUAUUUUCAGGAUAACAGGCUAUAAAUGUAUAUAUAAGGUUAACUGUUGAUUGACUUAAGUCAUUUGAUGUAGGUAUGCACAGAAUAAUA